UCACUCAGCCUCACAGAAAACUUCCAGUGUUACUUGAGCCGUGCUGCGGUGUGGAUGGUGUGGCUGUAGAGUUGGUGCCGUCACGCGUUCUCGACUGACAUUUACUUUCGCUUUGUGAAAUUUUCUAUAAUUUGACGAGUUACUAACCAGAGACUUCUUUGCUGUAUAAUAUAAACUUUUAAGGGUGCAGGUGCUCCUGGAGCCAUGCUUCGUAGGCUACGAUCUACAGCCUUGUUGCUGGCUGUGCUCCUGCUGGUUGAAGAAGCCCGUGGGUAUUCGACUGGCGCUCCUGCAAGCGCUUGCAAUUCCAUGGUUCCGAGCCACGGCGGCCAGGCUCCUCAGUCUACCCAGUCCCCCUUCCAGAUCACCCCUGGCGGCGCCAGUACGAACGGCAGUCCUGUGUCCGUAACACUGGCAGGAGUCUCACCCACCGCGAAUUUCAAAGGAUUCUUCCUGCAAGCAAGGGAUGCCAACACUAGCGUUGUCAUCGGCAGGUUCACCACCACCUCCCACAAGCUUGUUAACUGCGACAGCAGUAUCGAGAACGCCGUCACCCACCUGGACAAGACGCCCAAGCAGAGCGUCGUGGUGCAGUGGACGCCUCCUUCAGGCUACGCUGGCGACGUCACCUUCAGGGCAACUGUGGUGCAGGAUUAUAGCACAUUCUGGACAGGCGUCACGUCCGAGAAGGUGACAGUGAAGCGAUCAGUUGCUGAGGUCCCACCAUCGACCUCGAAAGCUCCGGCUACGACAACCCAGACAACGGCGCCAACUACAACAUCGGCAGUAAGCGGUGGAGUUGUCUUGUUACCUGGCGCUAGCAACCCAGGUGAUGCCGCCAUUAGAGUUGUAGAUGCCCCUCGUAGAGACGGAGUUCCCGCCAACAGCGAUGUGGUCAGUGCGUCCACUUUAACUGUAUCUGUCGCGGCUGUAGAGGAUUCCGAGUCUACAUCUCCUGUCGCUAUUAGAGUUGUAGAUGCUCCGCUAAGCGCUCAAAGCGGGCCUUCCGCUGCUGAGACUGAUAGUGAACUAACAGCACCUAUUUUACCCGAGUCUCUCGGUGCCGCAAACGAUUUUGAGGAAUCGCCUGCCGCUGCCCCAACUCCCUCCACUGGCGGCGCAACGACUCGUGCCAGGGGCCUGCUCCGGGACUUCAGAGGGCGGGUCACAACUGCUGCUCCCGCGCGGUCCGUCACAACUACGAGUUCUCCCAAGCGCGUCCGCAUUGCCGGUAGCAGCGCAGCCCCAAUGUACGUGGGCUGUAACUCCAAUAAAGGCUGCUUUGGCGUCCCGCUCAACUGCGUCGCCAGCAGCAAUUGUAAAGUUCUCUUUACCUACACGAAGUCUGAUGGGGGAUACCAUUUUGAAAUAAUGGGCGACUUCACUGGUAACCAAGGCAACGUCUACGCGGCAGGGGGCCUAUCUUUCGAUGAAUUUAUGGGCGACGACAGCGUCGUGGCAUGCGUGUUGAACAACGGAGUGGUUGACGCCGUGAUGACUUACAACCAAGGCAAGGACAACGUCUUCUUGAAAGAGCCGCACUAUGGCCUGACGGACAUCACAACGAGUUUCCUGGACGGCGUCCUUCUGUGCCGCUACACGCGUGCCGCCAGGCUGGUCGUGGGCAGCAACACGUACGACCUCGACAACGGCACCUUCCAUCUGCAGGUGGCCCACGGCCCUCUCGAUCAGGAUGGCACACUGGACUACCACGCCGCCAGGUUGGCAUCGGCCCAGGCAACGUCGUUGGGACAGUUCGAGGCGCUCUCAGGGGUUGACAACCAAAUUUUCCUGGUCCUGCACGCUUGCUUCAUGGUUGCGGCCUGGGUGGGCGCUGCUUCAACCGGUAUCUUCAUCGCUCGAUAUUUCAAGCAAACCUGGAAGAGCUACAAAACCUGCGGCAUCGACCAGUGGUUCCAUUGUCAUCGGUUCUUCAUGAUCCUGACAUGGGUGUUGACUAUGAGCUCGCUAGGCCUGAUCUUGUGGUACAAGCAAGGCUGGACCGACACCCCCGCGGACGUUAACCCUCAUGCAUACAUUGGAAUUGUCUCAAUAGCGUUGUGCUUCAUCCAACCGUUCAUGGCGGCACUGCGCUGCAGCCCCAAGGACUCCAGGCGACCCAUCUUCAACUGGCUCCACUGGGGCGUAGGCAACGCGGCACAGAUCCUGGGCAUCACUGCCAUCUUCUAUGGACUGGACCUGUACGGACUGCCCCGCUGGACCUGGUGGCUCAUGAUCGCCUUCGUGGGUGUGCACUGCCUCCUCCACAUCCUCAUGUCGAUCGGGGAGUGCGUGUCGGACUCGAAGGCCAAGAAGCAGGUGUCGGGAGGGCUGCAGAUGACGGAGCUUCACAGCAGCAGGGACAUGUUGCAGCCUCCACUCAACUAUGAUGCGCCCGGUGGCACCUUCCGCAAGGCUCUGCUGGCGCUAUACCUUGUCUCUGUUUGGCUCGUCGUCGCAGCUCUCAUCGCUGUCAUCGUCAUGGACGAAGAGCAGCUCGAGAAGCUGGGAAUAGACCAUAAUUAAAAGAUAUCUCUAUUUCUACAUAUCCGUGAUCAGUUAGACUAAUGAUGCUCUAACAUUAUAUCUACCGCUAACAAUUUGCGAUCAUUUCGCGAGACUGUGGAACAGCUGUCGUGUCAAUUCUCACAUUUCUUGAAACUGCAUCACCGAUGUCUCGUUUAUUAUAUUAAGGCAAUUCGUCAACUGUGAUGUCGCAGUCAAAUUUCAAGUUUUCGCUCACUAUUUUUUACCGAAUAUAGCUUUUUUUAUUCAUUGUUUGCUGCCACUUGCAUUUACUUGGUAACGCAGUAUUAAUCAUCAUGUGUCACGGCAAAAGUUCGAUACGUAACGACGAGUUUCACAUAUCAUGAAACGAUGCAUCUCUUCUAUAAAAUCUCGUUUCCAUAGUUCUAUAUUUACCGCUUAUGUCUUGAUGGCUCAAGUUGCAUUUAAUUCGUAACACAGCCGUCGUAGUCGUUCAUUUCAUUUUUUUUAUCUUAUCAUGGACACUGUUUGUCAUGUCUUCUUGUCUCAUGCCCGGCGAGCCCUUACUUAUUUGUAAGAACAGAUCAGAAUUAUAUAUGCUGAGUCAUGUCAAUGAAGUUGAUACUGAAAGCAAGCAAGUAAGUUAGUCUUGAAGCUACCUUGCCAAGUAAUUUUAUCAAGGUUACGAAAAUUGUUCCUAACUUUUCUUUUAUCUGUGGCAUUUUAUGCAUUUCCAUGACUUAAUCCUUUUUCUUAUUUUCAAAAUGUUUCGAUACACAGCUAGUUUCAAACGGUCUUUCUUUGUUUUAGUUGCACUACUAAAGAUUCAAAUAUGAAAGAAGGUAAGAAGCAUAAGAAAUUUCAAGUCUCCACGACUUUGUAAUUUUUUUUUAUUGUCAAUGUUGAAAUACACAACCUUUGUACAAAACCUUAGCGCGACCUCCCUUGUCUGUAGAAAGUAUGAUUAAAUGUCACCUAAAUAGUAAUAGAAAGAAAACUUCUUUGAAAAAAUGAAUAUAUUCAAUGGUAUUUGUGUUCUGGAGAACGCAGCAAAAAUAUUGCUUAAUGACCAUUGGCCCGAGCUUCUGCCCGGUGGAUGUCCUCUGAAUCGGGAGCAGGAGCUUCACCUGGCCAGCGCAAGCCAGCCCAGGUAGCACAGACAUACUGACGUGCUAGCUUCGUGCCUGCCAUCCUGUCAUAAAAUACCAACUCUUUGAGAUUAAUGCUUACCCUAAUAAAUAAUAAUUUAGAAAUAAGAAGCUGAAUAGUAGAGUUUUGAAUUAGGAAAAUAAAAUCGAAAAUAAAAUAAUCAGAAGUUAAACCUGAUGGUUUGUACACAAAUGCGUGCGGUGCCCCUUAGGAGAGAAAUUCAUUCACUGAAUUGUUAUGCGCGAUUUAUUUUUUAACGUGUCACUGUUGUUGAAUUUAUUUCUGAGGAGAUAUAAAUUCUGAGGAGAUUAUAUUAAUUAAUUAGAAUUUAUAUGCUGUCGAGAAGAUUUGCACCUCGAAAGAUGUAUAUUUUGAGGUAUAAGAUUUGACUUUUGAUGCGUCGAUUCAUGAAGAAGUCGACUGCAAAUGAUGCAUCAGUGAACAUGGACUUAAUUACUAUUGCCAUUUUAUUUGGUAGGUAUGCAUAAAAAUUGAGUACAAUGGGUCACGCUACUGUAAUUUAUAUAGAAAGCGUGAUUUGUUUGUGGCUCUCUCUCUCAUCGAAGUAAUGUGCUGUAUUGCACGUUUGUCAUAUCGGAAUUUGAUUCGGCAUGCUUACAACCAUCACGGAAAAUCGAAAUUGGUCUUACGUAUGCAAGCGCAUUGCAUGUGAAAUCUAGGGAUAUUUCACGUGUUGUUGAAACACUCACACGUCGGUUACGUCUUAGGCACAAAUCACCUAGCAGAAAAUAUUAACUGUAUUUUAGAUUAAAUUUAUGCAUUUUAUGCUUGUCGGUAUCGUGUAAGGCUAAUGUGGUUGUGAAUUUACAAAGAAUACAAUUGAUUGAUGGUGCGAGUAGCUCCGGUUGUGAAGACUAUGGAAUUAUGUUGCCUUUCUGAGACCACCACUGCCCUGCUUCGAAUAGACAAUCAUGAUCCCUUCCCUCAAGAAGGUGGCCUCCAACACUUCGGGAACUGUACCUUAUUAGUCGCAAGCCACCAUACAGAUCACAUCCAUUGAAGUAGAUUAGUAGAUAAACCAGCCUCUUGAUAUUUAAAACAAGUUGUUCUCACGGGCUGGUUACUGACGACAGGCUUAACCAGCAGGCUUAAUAAUACUGUAAGUGCUCUUGAAACCUGUAACGUUUCCUUGACAUCACCUAAAUCUUUCGGAGCUUUUUUACAAUUUUUUGUUCAUGUAGAUGUAUGUAGCUCAUUCUUAAAUAUUGUGUUCCAGAUGUAGGGAAAUUAUUUUCCGAAAUAACGUUCAUGUAUUUUCAUCACUCUUGCAUGUGUCUGGAUUUCUUUGGCAUGUUGAGUUUUGCCAUAGUUGGUAAACGUUUUCCUGUGGGCAAAUAAAGCUGUUGUACCGCAAUGUUGUGACGCCGUUGUUUGGGUGGUCACGUAGCACCGCAUUUACCGAUUAACUUGGAUUGUCAGCCAGAAACCAACGGGAAAGUACAAGCGGUUGUGCUCACUACAAUUUUGCAUUGUGUAAAGUCUAUAGUUUAGUCUAUUGUGUCUACUUCAGCAUUAUAUUCACAAGAGUAUU